CUUCUCGAUAAGAGCAAUGCAUUUUACUUUUGGGCCUCUUGAGUGCGUUGUUUGUUGUGUGAAGUUACACGGAUUGAAUGAAAAUUGUAAUUACGACUUGUUUUGAUGGCUGUAAGAUGUUUUUCGUUGGCUGGUCGAAGCCGCCUACGCCUCCUGUCCGGCUGAGCCGCGCCGCGCCAUGAACCUGGCCGACGCUCCCGGCGGCGCCCGCAAGCUGCUGAAACUGCGACCUUCGCUGCUGCUGACGCUCGUGCGGCAUGGCCAGUCAGAGGGCAACCGGCAGCAGCUGAUCCAGGGCCAGUCCGACUACCCGCUGUCGGAGCUGGGCGUGCGGCAGGCGGAGGCGCUGCGUCACCACCUGGUCGAGCGCGGCGUCACGUUCGACGCCGUCUACUCCAGCGACCUGCAGCGCGCGCGCCAAACGUGCGACGUCGUCGCCGGCGGGCUGCCCGUCACAGAAGACCAGCGGCUGCGCGAGAAGAACUACGGCGUCUGUGAGAACCAGCCGGUGAGCGAGCUGUUCGUGCCGGCGGGCGGCGAGUCGCAGCAGCAGGUACGCGCGCGCGCCGGCGCCUUUUUCCGCGACGUGUGCCAGCACCACCUGUCCGAUCAGUGCACGCGCGUGCUGGUUACCAGCCACGGCUGCCUGAUCCGCGAACUGAUCGGCCACCUGUUCGAGACGUACCACGGCAACCUGAAGAAGGCGGACGCCAACCGGAUUGCGCCCAACACGGGCGUGUCGGUGGUGCACGUGGCCAGGGCCGGGUCGGAGCCGGACUCACUGACUCUGCACUUUCUGAAGAUGCACAGCGACGAACACCUGGGCAAUGUAGCCUCCACAGCGCCGCCAGGUGUUUGA